AUGGCUUAUACUUUGAGAAACUCGUUUUUCGUGUUCUUUGCCUCUUUUUUAUGUGCCAUUACAGUAUCAUCUGAUGAUGAAUCCUAUGCCAAAAUCCUCAUAAAGUUCAAGAGCUCUCUCUCCAACACCAACAAGCUGAAUAACUGGAUUGAACCAGUGGAAAAUUUGUGCAAUGGCAACACCCCUAAAUGGACGGGGUUAGUUUGUGAUAAUGGUACAUUUACAGGUAUAAAACUUGAAAACAUGUCGCUGGAGGGAACAGUCGACGUCGAUUCACUGGCAGAAUUGCCGUUGCUGAGCCUAAGUUUGAUGAACAAUAAUUUCUCAGGACCAUUUCCUUAUAAUGAUCUAAAGAAACUUGGGAAGUUAAGAUCUUUGUAUUUGGCUAAUAACAGCUUCAAUGGUGAUAUUCCAGAUGAUACUUUUUCUGGGAUGAAGGCUAUGAGGAAAAUUGUGUUGGGAUAUAAUGAACAUACUGGUAAAAUUCCUAUGUCUUUAUUAAAAUUGCCUAGGCUCGUGAAUUUGCAGCUUCAAAAUAAUCAGAUUGAAGGGAGAAUACCAGACUUUCGGCAGAAGGAUUUAAAUGUUAAUUUUGCUAAUAAUAAGCUUGAAGGUCCUAUACCAUCUUCACUUAGUAGCCAGAACGCAAGCUCGUUUACCGGAAAUACCAACCUAUGUGGUAAGCCAUUGGAUCCGUGCAAACCAAAGAAGUCUAUACCAAAAAUUGCUAUCAUUAUAGCAGCUGUGGUGGGAGUUGCAUUAGCAGCCAUUAUAAUGGCUCUUAUAUGCCGGCGACGCUCAAGGCCGCUAAAAUACGAGAAAUCGGUCGAGAUUUUUCCUGCAGAAGAGCCAACUGACAAGGGUACUGAACACUACAAGAAUAAUGGUGAACAAAGAAAAUUAUACUUCGUGAGGAAUGAUAGGGAAAGAUUUGAAUUGGAAAACCUGCUUAAGGCUUCUGCAGAAGUAUUGGGGAGUGGAAAUUUUGGCUCUUCUUAUAAGGCUGUGCUUUCUAAUGGCCAACCAUUUGUUGUGAGGAGGUUCCAACAAAUGAACAAUGUGGGAAACGGAGAAUUCUAUGAACACAUGAGCAGGCUAGGAAGGUUAUCCCACCCUAAUCUGCUGCCUCUUGUGGCUUUUUACCAUGGAAAAGAAGAAAAGCUUUUGAUCACUGAUUUUGUCCCGAAUGGAAGUUUGGCAAGUCACCUCCAUGGUGAACGAAGUCGAAAUCAAUCAAAUCUUAAUUGGCCAACGCGUUUAAAAAUCAUCAAAGGUGUUGCAAGGGGGUUGGCCUACCUAUACAAAGAGCUGCCAAGCUUAAGUCUACCACAUGGCCAUCUCAAGUCAUCCAAUGUUCUCCUUGACAACACAUUUGAACCAGUUCUAUCUGAUUACGCUCUAACACCAGUGGUCAACAAGGAGCAUGCUCAGCGAUUCAUGGUAGCCUACAAGUCACCUGAAUCCACAAAAAGUGACCGUGUAACAAGGAAGACAGAUGUGUGGAACCUUGGGAUUCUAAUACUUGAGUUGCUCACAGGACGAUUCCCGGCUAAUUAUCUGAAACAGGGUAGAGGACCAAAUGCAGAUUUGGCAACCUGGGUUAAUUCUGUUGUGAGAGAAGAGUGGACCGGUGAGGUAUUUGAUAAGGACAUGAAUUUAGGAAGGUAUGGAGAGGGUCAGAUUCUCAGGCUACUGAAGAUUGGAAUGUGCUGCUGUGAAUGGAAUGUGGGGAGAAGGUGGGAUUUGAAGGAGGCUAUUGAGAAAAUUGAAGAAUUGAAGGAAAGGGACAGUGAUGAUGAAUAUUCUUCCUACGCAAGUGAAGGAGAAAUAUAUUCCUCAAGAGCAGCAACUGAUGAAGACUUUUCAUUUUCUAAAGCAUGAAAAUCAGAAGCAGGAAAUAAUUUCAACAUUUUUCAAUCUACGUGGUCUCUACAUGAAGAUAAGUAGAUAUGCAGUAGAUGUAUGCAAUCAUCUUACAAGGCUUAUUCGUUUGAUAUAUUUUUGAAA